GAAGGAGACGAAACAAUAACCGUUCCUUAUUAAGCAGGACGAUUGGUUAUUGACGACUCGCCACACUCACUACUGCAACUUAUAGAGUGACCAAUUCCUUGAAGAAGAAGAAGAAGAAAGAGCGAGUCGAAAGACGAAGUGUGAACUGAGAAUAGAAAUUUCGGAUAAAGAGUCUUCUCCCUCCUCUGCGACAGGUUCGCAGUAGCAGAGGGAGAACCAUAAAAACCAGAGUCUGAGAAAAGGAAUGGAUGGUCCUUUCUUAUCUCCGCCAGCGAAACGUUCUAUCGACAACGUAUCCGAAAUGGACGAGAGUAAUUCCUACAGUAGCACCAACGGCACAUUCAAGCGGGGACGCGGAAAACCCCUUCCACCCCCAAUCGUCGUAUCCCUUGGCCAGGUUGCCUUUCGCCUCCUUUGUCACGUCUCCAAGAUUGGUGGCGUUAUCGGCAAGUCCGGCAGCAUCGUCAAGCUCUUCCAGCAGGAGACUGGCGCUAGGAUUCGUGUGGAGGAAGCCACCCCUGCUUGCGAUGAGCGCGUCAUCCUCGUUGUGGGUUCCGAGACUCCGAAUAAGAAGAUCGAAUUGAAGGACGACAAUGUUAAGGAAGUCGCAGGGGAAUACGACGUCUCUCCCGCACAAGAGGCUCUCGUUAAGGUUUUCGAUAGGAUUCUUGACGUCGAAGCCGAGACCGAGGGUGUCUUCCCUCCUGGGGGAGGUGUCGUUUCCUGCAGAUUGCUCGCUGUUACCAAUCAAAUUGGCUCGGUCAUGGGGAAAGGUGGGAAGAUUAUUGCGAAUAUCAGGAAGGACAGUCGUGCCAAGAUUAGCGUGUUGCCUCCGGAGCAGCUCCCUGCUUGUGCCUCUCCGAACGACGAAGUCAUACAGAUUACAGGAGACAUUUUGGCUGUAAAGAAAGCAUUGGUUGCUGUUUCCAGCCGUCUCCAAACUUGUCCACCAACAGACAAACCACAAUCAGUUGUAAGCAGGCCUACUGAAACAAAUACCCAUGGAAGCUUUCCUGAUCCACACGGGGUGGAGUUCCUUCCGCAUAGGAGUUCAAUGUUUCCACCUACAUCAAGCAGCUCUCUUGACUAUGCAUCCAGAGGCCGUCCACUGUCUACUGAUGUGGACAGGAUCCCCUCCUUGGAGCUAAAGAAGGCGCAACAAGAAGUUUCAUUCAGGAUCCUCUGUUCAAAUGCUAAGAUUGGAGGUGUAAUUGGCAAGGGUGGUACCAUUGUCAAGGCACUGCAGAAUGAAACAGGCGCUUCUAUUAGUUGUGCUGGUUCUGUAGCUGAGUCAGAUGAGCGCGUAAUCACUGUAUCAGCAAUGGAGAACCCAGAAACAAGGUAUUCCCCAGCACAAAAUGCUCUUCUUCGUGUUUUCUCUAGGUCAGUAGAGGCUGGCAUGGAAAAGGGACUAGAAUCCAUGUCAUCUAAAGGAGCUCCUGUUUCAGCUCGUCUUCUAGUACCAUCAAACCAAGUUGGUUGCUUGAUGGGUAAGGGAGGUAUAAUAAUUUCAGAAAUGAGGAAGGUAACAGGUGCUGCAAUACGGAUAAUUGGGGGAGACCAGGUUCCAAAGUGUGCCUCAGAAAAUGAGGAUGUAGUACAGAUUAGUGGAGAAUUUGGCAUCGUUCAGGAUGCUUUGCUUCUAGUUACCAGUAGAUUGCGUGAUAAUCUUUUUCCUAACAAGAUGCUACAGAGCUCUGUAGCUGGGAACUACUCUUCCUCUACCAUACCAGAGAUUGGUCCCUAUGGAAGAGUGAGGGAACCUACUUCUCCUAGGUUGUACCCAUCAAUGGGCCUUUCUCAUGACAUUGAUCGACAAACUUCUUUAACACAAAGUAUGGAUCAUCUUGGACUUUCCCACAGCAUAGAUCACUCUCCUCCAAGGUUAUGGGCAUCACAGACUGUGGGUGGGGGAAAUCCAAGAGGCAUCACUGACAUUGGAAGAGGAUUAACAGCUCAUAGAAGUGGCAUAGAACUUGGCAGUGGAAGCAAAUCUGCAAUAGUGACAAAUACAACCGUGGAAAUUGUAGUUCCUGAACAUGUUCUUGGCUCUGUCUAUGGGGUUAAAGGUAGCAAUCUGAGUCGCUUACGGCAGAUUUCGGGUGCCAAAGUUAUAGUACACGAUCCUCAUCCUGGCGCAAAUGAUGGGAUGGUCAUCAUAUCUGGAACCCCCGAUCAAACUCAGGCAGCACAGAGCCUACUCCAAGCUUUCAUCUUAAAUGGAUCUUAAAUGGACGGUCAUCACCAGAUCAUCAGUCCCGGCUAUUGUUCUCAUUAAAGGGUAGAGGAGGGCCACACAAUGCUGCUUGCCUGUUUCUUCUGAUAUUGGCUUUGUGGUAAGAGUUAUGGAUUAAUUCUUACAGCCCUUAAUUUGAAAAUAUAUCAAAAAUAUGACAUGUACAACUUUGUAGCCUUUUCCUAGUAGAACUUAAAUUAUGAAGAAAAAAAAUGAAAACCAUGGUCUUGAAUUAACAUUGACAAUUCUGUCAGUAGGAAAUAGGAGGAUGAUUCUAUCUGAUUUUUACCUGUAAUUGGUAAUAUCUAUAGCUGCUCUGCUGGUUGUAAGAGAGACGGGAUAGGAAAGAGCAAAAGAUUCUUUUUCUUUUGAU